AUGUUCUACCCUCCCUGGAACAGUCCCAUUUACAGCAACCUCUCCGCUCUCGAGCUAGACAGCUUGAUGCGUGGGUUGAGCGAAGAAGAACUCCUGAAGAUCUUGCGACAGUGCCCUCACCUGGAGCGCUUGGUGCUCGGGUCUCUAGCUAUUGGCAGUGCCUCCGAGUCCUUCGCAGCGUGUGCAGUCGCCCUUCCUUUGCUGUUACGUAUCACCCUUCGUGAUCUCCCUUACGCAUAUCUCACACAACUUCUAUCUCAUCUCAUCCUCCCUGCAGCAACUCGCUACGACAUCAGUUUGAACACAGAACUGCCAUGGCAGGAUCUAACUACGCACCCCAAUCGUCUGGCGGAUUGGAGGGAAUUCCACAUGGCCGACGUUCAAUUCGAGCACCCUGACUCCCAGGACGUCACUUUCUACAUAUUCCCAUCGGCAGAUCUCGAAACCGUGGACCCCCUCAUGACUGUGUCUAUUUUAUACGCGCUCAGGCUACCACCACGAGGACGCACGGAGUGUGUCAUCUGCGCCGUAAUCCCUCGGUCCGUCAACGUCCUCAUCCUCCGUGGGUGGGAGCACAUGGCGCUGAAGGAGGACAAGGCAGUGGACUAG